AUGACAUCCAGCGCGUUUCAGUUCGCCGAGGGCGAAGAUACGCAGCAACUUGCCCGAGAUGCCGAUGCUUUAUUGCAGCAGGGCUGGGCAAAGGAUGGAGACGGGAUGGGAAUUACCAAGACGUUUCAUUUUAAGAGUUAUUUCAAGGCUGUGGCAUUUGUUAAUAUGAUUGCGGCCGAGAGUGCGUCUAAGAAACAUCAUCCCACCAUGACAAUACGGAUUGGCUCAGUCGAUGUGCACUGGACGACCCAUCGCCCACGCGGAUUCACACAGAAAGAUGUUACAAUGGCGCAGCAUUGUGAUCAGGGUGCUGAUCUGAUGGGUGCUGUUGAUCCUGGUCAGGGACUCAAAUGUGGUCCAACUGUCUAG